AUGCAGAAAUUUACUUCUGAGGGUUCUGAUAUUGGUGUCAGAAUGUCAGACAAUACUUCCUUAAAGGCUGACAUUGCGCACCUUCUCCCUCUCUUCAGCACAGGAUAUUACAAAGUUGAUGUCCACAUUGAGGAGAACCAAGAAAAACAAGAGAAACCUCUUUGGGGAACUGGUUCAAGGGAGAAAUGCUUUGAUCUUAAUGAAUGUGGGAGAUCCUGUGACAAAGCCACCAUUGAGGAAUACGAUGAAGUUCAGAUGACUGUGACACACUAUGAAUGUAAUGAAAGUGGAAAUAAUUUCAACAGGAAUUUACUCCUCAUUCAACCUCAGAGAACUGUUACAAGACAUGGUGCUUUUGAAAGCAGUAAAUGUGAAGAAAACUUGACCCAAAGCUCAGCCCAUCUGGUACAUCAGAAGACACAAACUGGAGAUAAGGUCUGUGUUUUUAAUGGAUGUACAAGUGCCUCCUACCAGGACUUAGACCUUACAAUACAUCAGAGAACUCAGACAGAAGAGAAAUUCUACCAAUGUGGUAAACGUGGGGAAUCCUUGCAUCAAAACUCACUUUUCAGUGUACAUCAGGAAAAUGACAUAGGAGAGAAGGCAUUUGAAAGUAAUGAAUGCAGGAAGUUCUUUUACCAGAAAGCACACCUCAUUCAGCAACAGAGGACCCACUCAGAGGAGAAGACUUGUGAAUGUGAGGAGUGUGGGAAAUUCUUCUGUUCAAAUUCACACACUAGUCAUUAUCCUGGAACUCAUAUGGGGGCCUGUCUCUAUGAAUAUAAUGAAUGUGAGAAAACUUCCUGUCAGAUGUCAAACCUCAGUGAACAUCUGACAGUUCACACAAAAGAGAAACCUUAUAACAAUGAAUGUGGGGAAUCUUACAAGAAGUGCGCCCUCUUAGUACAUCAGAGAACACACACAGAGGUGGAACUCUAUCAAAGUAAUGAAUAUGGGAAAUCAUUCUCCAGGAUGGCACAGCUCAAAGAACAUCAGAGAAUUCACACAGGGGAGAAACCAAAUGAAUGUAUUGAAUGUGGGAAAACUUUCUCUAAGACAUCACAUCUCAGAGCACAUAAGAGAAUUCACACAGGCAAAAAGCCCCAUGAAUGUAUUGCAUGUGGGAGAACUUUCUCUAACAAGACACACCUCAGUGCACAUCAGAGAAUUCAUACAGGGGAGAAACCCUAUGAAUGUAAUGCAUGUGGGAAAACUUUUCCCCAGAGGACACACCUCGGUACUCAUCAGAGAAUUCACACAGGUGAGAAACUGUAUGAAUGUAAUGCAUGUGGGAAAACUUUCACUUAUAAUUCAGCCCUCCGAGUACAUCAAAGAAUGCACACUGGGGAGAAGCCAUAUGAAUGUAAUGCAUGUGGGAAAACUUUCUUCAAGACAUCACAUCUCAGUGCACAUCAGAGAAUUCACACAGGGGAGAAACCCUAUGAAUGCAAUGUAUGUGGGAAAAGUUUCACUCAUAAUUCAGCCCUCCGAGUACAUCAAAGAAUUCACACUGGGGAGAAGCCAUAUGAUUGUAAUGCAUGUGGGAAAACUUUCUCCAAGACAUCACACCUCAGUGCACAUCAGAGAAUUCACACAGGGGAGAAACCCUAUGAAUGUAAUGCAUGUGGGAAAACUUUUUCCAGGAAGAUACACCUCAGUGCACAUCAGAGAAUUCAUACAGGGGAGAAACCCUAUGAAUGUAAUGCAUGUGGGAAAACUUUUUCCAGGAAGAUACACCUCAGUGCACAUCAGAGAAUUCACACAGGGGAGAAACCCUAUGAAUGUAAUGCAUGUGGGAAAACUUUUUCCCGUAAGACAAACCUCAGUACCCAUCGGAGAAUUCACACAGGUGAGAAACCGUAUGAAUGCAGUGAAUGUGGGAAGUUUUUUGCCCGUAGUUCUGGUCUGAGGGCACAUCAGAGAAUUCACACAGGGGAGAAACCUUACGAGUGUAAUGAAUGUGGGACAGCUUUUGCCCACAGUUCAACUCUCAGUGAGCACCAGAGAAUUCACACUGGGGAAAAACCACUUGAAUGUAGUGAAUGUGGGAAAACUUUCGCUCAUAAGGCAGGUCUUCGAGCACAUUAUAACAGAAGGCACACCAGAGAGAAAAACCUUCAAUGUAAUGCCUUUGGGAAGUUCUGAAGAAACUGAUUAUUAAAACACAGACUGCAUAUUGUUUCCUUUAACUAUUUCUUCUUCUAAUAGGCACAAGCAUGUCUAAAUUUCCCAAUCUGCCUUUCAUCCAGGUGGGGCUUGUCAUGGAUUAUUAUGCUAUUACAUAUCAGCUAAGUUUAGCCUUUAAAAAAUUGCAUUCUUCCUGUUCUGUUAUUCAUACUGGAAUGGAAAAAUUUGCAAGGCAGACUUGUGUGCUGUAUAUUGAGAUAGAGUACAAGGUAGUGAUGAAACAAUUUUCCACUAACAAAUCUUCCCCUGUUAGUUUUUUUUAAAAAAAAAAACACAGGAAUUACAUUUGUACUGUGUUGAGCUCUUAAAGAUUUGGUGUAUUGGUUAAAUGCAUAUAAUUUAUCUAACUCUGUUAGAAUGAAGUUAAACCUGUUAACCCUGGGUCGUUGGUGCCAAUUCAGCACCAACAGGAAUCCCUGAUUUGGGGUGCAGUGAGGAAGGAAACUUGCCUCAGUGCUAUAGCAUGGCUGUGAAAAUAGCACAGCUGAGGAAUAGCUCAGUUAUGAUGCAGUGCAGCUGUGAAAACAGCAGGGGCUUCGUCACCCUUGGGCCAGGACUGUCUUUGGCCAGGCAGCUCUGGUCUGCUCCAACGAGGCAUCUCCCAUGUUUCUACUGUAGCUGGGGAAAAACGGUCUUCAGUGGAAAGUUCGCUCCCCAAGCCAGAGGGAAGCUGGCUUAAAUGGACAGAAGUCCCUGCCUCUGGUCCCUGAUUGGUCUGUCCUCUUGCACAUGAGGCAUCCAAAUCCUCACAGUUUGGUCCAAAGGCACUGGUCUUGAUUGGUCAGAAUAGAGCUGCUCUGAUUGAAUGGAGAAAGCCUCAAUCCAAUUGGUAGAAAUAGGAUUCCAGGAAACCAUCAUAAGGGCUGGCUCAGCCAAUGGCAGUUUAGUGCUGAGCAGUUUGCAUAAAAAUCCCCUUUGCAGAAAUGGCUGCUGGCUCUGCUUUUUUUGUUUGUUUGUUUGAGCCAAGGUAGCCACCAGAAGCCCUUCUUAAUAGGUGUCUUUUUUUCCUUUGAGGGUUCACAAACUCUGUAAAUAUAAUAAAUGUCAGAAGAUCUAUCAUAAUUCAAUCUGUCAUUGUAUAUUAUAGAACUCACAUGAGGAAGGCAACUUCUAUCAAUGAUCCUGAAUGAUCAGACAACCUCAUUAAAAAUGAGAGAAAUCUCAGGGAAAAACACAAAGGCCUUUACUUCCCAGUGAACUUUAUUAAACAUCAAACAAUUAAGAUUAGACUAAAACCUUGUAUUUUGUUGUGACAUUUCUAACACAUUGAGUUUGCAACAGAUAAUUUUUUUUAAGAAAAUGUCAGUUUCAGAAAUGAGUAAAAUCAUCACCUUGAACUGAUGUACUAAAAUUUGCUUUAUUAUAUUAAGUUUUAUAGAAAAUAUUUGUCCACAAACUCACUGUGGACAUUUUAAAGAUGGAAGAAUAGCUUGAAUUCUGUGGACAACACUAAUAAAUGUUUGUGACUGGUCUCUGA